AUGGCAACACAACAAGAUAACAAAUCUUUAUCGCCUGAAACACCAGCCUCCGAGGCUAAUUUUUCAUUGGCUACAAAGGAUGUUUGUCCAGUUGAAGAAUCUCUCCACGAAAUUAAAAUGAAGAAAAGUGAGGCUGCUAUUGUAGAACCAGCUAUUGAAAAUCCAAUUGAAAAACCAAUCAUAGAGGAAAAGAAGGUCGGAGCCUUCAGACACUAUAUGAGAUGUUACUAUGAAUUGUGGAAGACUAGAUUGAGUGCUCUUGUUGUUUUCACAGCAGCUGGUGGUUAUUAUGCUGCAAACAAAAUCCAUUUAAUUUCGGCGGAACGAGAUGAGAUACUCCAACUCAUUAAUGCGUCAUCUUCAUCAUCAACAAGUGUGAUCGGAUUAUGUGUCGGAACAUUCUUACAGUCUGCUUCUGCUAAUAGUUUUAAUGAAAUUAUUGAAAUUGAGAGGGAUAAAUUGAUGAGUAGAACAUUCAAUAGACCACUCCCAAGAAACAAAAUUAGUGUAACUCAUGCUAUUACUCAAGCCGUUAUUACUGGUGCUGCUGGUACCUAUAUUUUAAACAAGUAUACAAACAAGGAGACUGCUUUACUUGGUCUUGCUAAUUUAUUACUCUAUGUUUGUGUUUAUACACCAACAAAACCACUCCAUUGGAUUAAUACUUGGGUAGGAACAUUGAAUGGUAGUUUACCUCCACUUAUGGGUGUCACUGCAGCCAUGUUACCACUUUCUCUAACACAACAUCUUUCUCCAAAACCUUCUCCUCUUGAUGGUUUACUUCCUUCUACUUCCGAUUAUAAUACAAAACUCUUGGUGACAGGAUUGUUCAUGUUCGGAUCCAUGUAUUUGUGGCAAAUUUCUCACUUUAUGGCAAUUUCAUAUAAAUGUAGAGGAGAUUAUGGUAAAGCUGGUUAUAAGAUGCUUUCAAUUUCUAAUCCAGAAGCUGCUGCAACUCAAUCAUUAAUUCACUCACUUGCCUUAUUCCCAAUUUGUUGGGCUCUCCCUGCAUUUGGAGUUGUUCCAUGGUGGUUUGCUGUUGUUUCUACUCCAAUCAAUUGGUAUUAUCUUGUCAAACCAUCCAUUGUUUUCAAGAAGAAUGUUGAUUAUGACAAUGCCACAAAAUUAUUCUUUGGAUCAUUGAUUCAUUUGAGUGCUCUGUAUGGACUUUCAAUCUUUGCUUUCAAGAUGCAACAAAGUGAAACCUACCUUAAGGUUGCUGAAAAGGUUUCUGACGUUUUCUCUGGAGCUUGGGACGCCAUCAAGUCACUUUUCUAG